ACAUGGAUGGGCGCCAAAUUGUUCUCAUCAUUCUCUCAGGUAGUUAUUUACUGCUGUGAAGUGAAAUGUAUGUUUUUUACAUCCAUGAUGUUUUCACUGGUAUUAUGUGUUUUGUUACCUUUUCUUUUUGUAAUUCAGGAGUUGUUUCCUGCAGUCGCCAUGAAAUUACUGGAUCUCUGUCAGAGGUGACGGUCAGACGAGGAGACAACGUCACCGUCUACUGUGACUGCAAACUGUCCACCGGGGUUUACAUCGUGUGGUACAGGAACUGUUCGCACGAGAACCAGCCCACUCUCGUUCUUAAAGCAAAACCUAAUUAUUUGGUUGAUUUUCAGUUUUUGAAGAACUUUACUUCUAACUCCUUUGACCUGCUGAUCAUUAACGUCACCGAGUCUGAUGAGGGGCUUUACUACUGUGGCAAUGAGGAGAUGAAGGUGGUGGACACGGAAAGGAUCGUCCCCAAAUAUUUUCAAAGUUACGGCAAAGUGACAACAAGGAUCCUACUGAAUUCCAGGGAUGACCACAGUGGAUGCAACUCGAGCGGUGGCUUUGCGUCCUGGAGGCUGGUGGUGUUGGCGCCAGCCGUCGCUAUUCUCUCCUCUCUCCUCUCCUUCAUUUUGGUUCACCACUUCUGUCAGAAAUCAGAUAAAGAGCCUCAGGUUCAGAGAAGCAGAACAAACAGAAGCAGGAGGAAGAUACAUGUUUAACACAAGUCGUGUUCCAUGGAAAGGACGGAUACACACAGCAGCAGACAGAGGAUGGAGACCACAACACCUUUGUUCAAGCAGCAAACAGAAUUUAAAUAGUUUCCGAAUUCUGAAUGUUCGAAAUUUAGGUCAGAAGAUUUUAGGCCCUCAAGCGAACGUAAAGACCGCUGACCUAAAUUCGAGUUGGUCCUGUGGUUUGAGACGCACAGUGCUUUUAAAACCACAAAGAGGGCAGAUACACAGACCAGUUACAUUGACAUUUUCACUGGUUUAUAUUGACUUUUUCUAUAAUAACUGUUGUGACAUUGUUCUCCCUGAACUAGUUAACCUCAAAGUUUUCUAACUGUGAUUGACUGUUGUCUUUAUUAUAACAUCUGGAAAUAAUGUCCUCCGCUGAAUUCUCUCCUGAUCGCUUUGCGCGAAUAAAAACAAAAUAUAUAAUAAAUAUUAUAAUGACAGUAAAAGGUUUCUUUCUUGUUAUGUAGACAAUUUCAAGUUAUUUAUCUAUUUAAUUAUGAGAUAAUAUCACAUACAUUUCUGAUUUAAUUCAUUUAUGGACCUAACAGUCCCUAUGUUAUAUACAGAUGAUACAGGAUGUGCAAUGUUGGCUGUGAAAACACAAUACAUAAUGUUACAAUUAUUAUUAAAUUAAUAAAAUUGAAUAUAAUUUACACAAAUAUAUCGGCUAUUAGGCUAUAUGGGCAGGAUGACUCAGGAGGUAGAACUAUUGUCUCACAAUCAGAAAGUUCCUGGUUUGAUCCCCAGCUGCUUCAGAGAACACAGUGAAGGAACAAGUUAGUGGGAAUAGAUGAAUGAGACAAAUGAUCCAUUGUUUAGAAAAGUACCAAAUGUAUUUAUCUACAGUAUUGUAUAUUUUAGUCGGGCCCUUUU